GACAGAGCGAAAAUUUUGACAAUUUGCUUUGUAAUCAUGGCGUCGGAACGUUAUAGUUUCUCGUUAACAACAUUUAGUCCAUCUGGAAAAUUGGUGCAAAUUGAAUAUGCUUUAGCUGCUGUAGCCGCCGGCGGGACAUCCGUCGGAAUUAAAGCAUCAAAUGGAGUGGUUAUAGCUACGGAGAACAAACAUAAGAGCAUUCUGUAUGAUGAGCACAGUGUUAACAAAGUUGAAGUGAUCACUGGUCAUAUUGGCAUGGUCUAUUCGGGCAUGGGACCAGACUACCGUCUACUCGUGACGCAAGCUCGCAAGAUGGCGCAGCAGUAUUAUCUAAUGUACCAUGAACCGAUACCGACGGCUCAGCUGGUGCAGAGAGUCGCUACAGUGAUGCAGGAGUACACGCAGUCAGGGGGUGUCCGCCCCUUCGGCGUGUCGCUGCUGAUCUGCGGGUGGGACGGGGACCGUCCCUACCUGUUCCAGUGCGACCCGUCCGGGGCCUACUUCGCUUGGAAGGCGACCGCCAUGGGCAAGAACUUUAAUAACGGCAAGACUUUCCUGGAAAAGAGAUACACAGAGGAGUUAGAGUUGGAUGAUGCGGUGCACACGGCAAUAUUGACGCUGAAGGAAGGAUUCGAAGGUCAAAUGACUGCGGACAACAUUGAGGUUGGCAUUUGUGAUGCCAACGGCUUCCGGAGGUUGGAGCCAGCUCAUGUUAAAGAUUAUUUAGCUAAUAUUCCGUAAUGUUUAUAAUAAAUUUGUGUUUUGGU